AUGCCGGCUUUGUACGCCCCGUUAGGAGAACGGGCUGUCGAGAUGGCCCCGCAUCUUAUCAAACGCAGCGCCCUAUCGGUCAACCACACGCAGGCCGUUACUCUUGGAGUGAUGGCGGUGUAUGUGGUUGUUAUAGCGCUGCUAUGGAAUCUGCCAUAUGUGCGCUGGUCUCUUUGGCCCUUCAAGAUGUUGGUGAUCGCAUUUCACGAAUUCGGCCACGCUAGUACCGCAUGUUGCACAGGCGGAAGGGUUAAAUCGAUCUCGCUCGACCCACACGAAGGCGGAGUGACUCACAUGCAAGGUGGAAUCAGCGCCGUUACCCUCCCUGCGGGAUAUUUAGGGUCUUCCAUCAUUGGCGCCCUUUUAAUCUUCGCCGGAUUUGAUAUUGUUGCAAGCAAAGUCGCAAGCAUUAUCCUCGGCAUCUGCUUCCUGUUGACGCUAUGGUGGGCUCGCAAGGAUUGGCUAACCAUCAUGACGAUCCUUCUUGCCGUCGCUUUGCUUGUGGCUUGUUGGUUUAUUGCGCAUGGCGAGGCCUUGAGAUGGGUAGUGCUCUUCAUCGGUGUUAUGUCUGCUCUUUACAGUGUCUGGGAUAUUUGUGAUGAUCUGAUCCUUCGCAAGGUGAAUACUUCGGAUGCCAGCGUCUUUGCCAGCAAGUACGGCGGUUCCUCUCAGUGCUGGGGUCUGAUUUGGUCUAUCAUUUCCCUUGUGUUCAUGGCAGUUGGCAUCAUAGGUGGAAUUGCGGUAUUCCAUGAGUCGUUCAGUCAGCAGCAGGAUGAUUCCAAGCAUUUCAUUCCUACAUAA